AUGCGUGCGCUCUUGGCCAUCUCGUCGUGCCUCUUGCUCCAAAGCGCCGCUGCACCGGUCCCGGUCCCGGCCCCGGCUCCGGCCCCGGCUCCCCUCUUCAAAUGGGGUGAGUUCUUCGGUCCCGGGGGACCACCGCGCUGGAUAGAGGCCGCCUCUCCGCCGCGACAGCCAUCGCCGGAGAUGCAACUUGCGUCGCAAGAGUUACAAGAGUCACGAGACGCGCAGGGCCGCGGGGCCCAUGUCCCAGAGGGCUUGUUCGAGGCCCAGGGCCAAGGCCAGGCACCACCGCAGCGGCUUCCAGAGCCAGAUCCGGAGGCCUACACGCCCGAGGGCCCGCCGCCGCCGCCUCGGGGAGAGGGAGCUUUGCGGAAGAUAGCCGACAGCUACGGCUACGGCGCGGACACGUCGACGCUGGAAGGACCGUCGCCGCCGCCGCCGCCGCCGCCACCGGGCCCGGCUCGCGAGCAACCAUGGACGCCACGCCCUCCCGAGGCCUUCACUCCACAAGGGCCGCCGCCGGCCGAGCGGGCAGCACCGCGAAAGCCGGCAUCGCCGUGGGACGGCAAGUCCCCCCAGGCCAUCAAGGAGCUCUGGCUCAACGGCGCCCCCGAGACCAGGCUGGCCAACUGGGCCGACAACCCGGCCCAUCUGAUAUGGGACGUGCUGACGAGCAAGCAACGGACGCUGCUCGUGCUGGAGAACAGCGGCCCCAAGAACUGGCCGAACCUGUCGCCCGCGCAGCGCCUGCGCCUCUGGCAGGACAGGCCCCCCCUCGGCACGCGGGACAAGCAGAAGCUGUGGGCGAUGCUGACUCCCGAGCAGCGCGAGACGCACUGGCAGCAGGACCCCAAGCGGUGGCAGAACCUGACGCCGCGGGAGAAGGACGAGGUCGUCGAGUCCAUCCGCCGCAACGCGCUCUUCAGAGACGUCGCCGACGAGGGGAUAAGGAGGACCGUCGCAAAGAUAGACAAGCUCGCGCCCGCGGAGCUGCGCAACCUGUCCAGCGGCAGGAUCCGCGAGAUGAAGGACGCCGUCGUGAAGGCGCUGACGAGAGAGCUCUGGCUGCUCAAGGGGCCGGCCAGGGAGAAUGAGGGGCGUCCGGGACGCCAAAGGGCCGGAGGUGGAAAUAGCUUGUAG